AUGCUCGUCUUGCCCACGACGAUCAACUGCUCUCUGGAGACUUACUUGUGCUUUGACCCGAAAACUGGUGUCUUCGUUCCCCCACCUAACCCCGCUCCAUCGGCAUCAGCCAUCGAUCUCGAGGAUCGUAUUGUGGCUCCCGGGUUCUUAGAUCUGCAGAUAAAUGGCGCUUAUGGAUUUGAUUUUUCUGAAGGUAGCGCCAGCGAUCAUACUGGCCUGUCGUACACUGAGCGGUACCGGGAUGUCCGAAGGAAGCUCAUCACGACAGGGACAACGAGCUUCCUGCCUACAAUGACCAAACCUACCAUUCUUGGGCCCUUCAGAGUCCCGAGUCCCUUGGUGCUCAUUGCGAAGGACCUUUCUUCGCGCAUCAUCGAAUGGGUGUCCAUCUACCCACUGCUGUCCAUGCGUCUGGAACAACAAGUGACCCAAAGCGUGUCUUGGAUGCCUAUGGAGAAGUAA